UCUAGGGCAGUUGGCGGCAGCAACAGGAGAGCAAAAGAGUGUACCAAGUGCACCAGUUGGUUCUUUAGUCUCUGAGUGCAGUGCCGAAGUGGUGAUCACGCACUAAGGAGAGCGACUUUGGUCACAGUGCCAUAGAAUAAAGACCUGCUUUCGAAGGAUACCUCAGACCAUCAGACCAUCGUCGGGCACCCCGGGGUCUAUUCCCUUAUCAGGUCCAAUAUUCCCCGUUGCCCAAGUGCCGCUGUUACCGCAACGCAUCUGGAAUAAAAGGCUUCACAAAUGCGAUGAGCCUAGCUGAAAGCUUCCCUGCCAAAAUGGAAUGCCACGCCCCUUCCAAGAUCGUCGGUCAGGUCGAGGUUGGCAUGCAGUGCAACUUGCCUCUGGCUGACAAGUCUGUCGGGUGCUGCUUCAAAGCAUGGAGCGAGUCUAGGAGCGUGCAGACUACGGAGACUGUGGAGCAGUUGACCUCCACCUCAGCAUCGAGGCCUCCUAUUUCUCCAUCAACUGCCACAUGUGACAACACAAAGCAAGGAUUCCUUCACCGAUGUGACCUAUGUGACCACGAGGCUGAUAAAUUGUUUCAUCUGGACGCACAUGCCAGCAUCGAUACUGACGAGAAGCCAUAUCAGUGCCCUUCAUGCUCUCGGAGCUUUUCACGAAAGAGCCACCUAAAAAUCCACUUGCGCACUCACACAGGUGAGAAGACCUAUCAGGGCCCUUCAUGCUCUCGGAGCUUCUCAGAAAAGGGCAGCAUUAUGAAACACCUGCACACCCACACAGGCGAGAAGCCAUAUCAGUGCCCUUCAUGCUCUCGGAACUUCUCAGAAAAAGGCAAGCUUACGAAACACCUGCGCACCCACACAGGUGAGAAGCCAUUUCAAUGCCCUUCAUGCCCUCAUAGCUUCUCACGAAAGGCCAGCAUGAAAUGCCACCUGUGCACCCACACAGGCGAGAAGCCAUAUCAGUGCCCUUCAUGUACUCGGAGCUUCUCGCGAAAAAACCGCCUGAACGAACACCUGCGCACCCACACAUGUGAAAGGCCAUUUGAGUGCCCUUCGUGCCUUCAGAGCUUCUCACAGAAUGCCAGCCUGAAAUCACACCUGCGCAUCCACACAGGCGAGAAACCAUAUCAGUGUCAUUCGUGCUCUCAAAGCUUCUUGCGAAUGGGUCACCUGAAUGAACACCUGCGCACCCACACAGGUGAGAAGCCAUUUCAGUGCCCUUCAUGCCUUCGGAGCUUCUCACAAAAGGCCGGCUUGAAAGCCCACCUGCGUACUCACACAGGCGAGAAGCCUUAUAAGUGCCCUUCAUGCUCUCGGUGCUUCUCGCGAAAGUUUUCCCUGAAUGAACACCAGCGCACCCACACAGGUGAGAAGCCAUUUCAGUGCCCUUCAUGCCUUAAGAGUUUUGCACAAAAGGCCAGCAUGAAGUCCCACCUGCGCACUCACACAGGCGAGAAGCAGCCAUAUCAGUGCCCUUCAUGCUCUCAGAGCUUCUCGCAUAAGACCCGCCUGAACGAACACCUGCGUAUCCACACAGGUGAGAAGCCAUUUCAGUGCCCUUCGUGCCCUAAGAGCUACUCACUAAAGGUCAGCCUGAAAUACCACCUGCGCACCCACACAGACGAGAAGCCAUAUCAGUGCCCUUCAUGCUUUCAGAGUUACUCGCGAAAGAACCACCUGAACGAACACAUGCGUACCCACACAGGUGAGAAGCCAUUUCAGUGCCCUUUAUGCCUUAAGAGCUACUCACUAAAGGCCAGCCUGAAAUACCACCUGCGCACCCACACAGGCGAGAAGCCAUACCAGUGUCCUUCAUGCCUUCAGACCUUCUCACAAAAGCGCAGCAUGAAAUCCCACCUGCGCACCCACACAGGCGAGAAGCCAUAUCAGUGCCCUUCAUGCUCUCAGAGCUUCUCACGAAAGAACCGCCUGAAUGAACACCUGCACACCCACACAGGUGAAAACAUAUCAGUGCCCUUUAUGCCUUCAGGGCUUCUCGUUAAAGAGUGCAAUGAAGGUACACCAGCGGAUUCAUACAGGUGACCGGCCAUACAUUUGUACUGUCUGCUCCGUGUCCUUUAAGCAGUCUCGUAGUUUGAGCGGACAUAAGCGGAGAGCACAACACCGUGAUACUGCAGGGUAGGUCAACAACUAUGUUGAACUAGAAUUUGAGUUAAAUGUCGAUGGGCGUGUAGCAUGUUGCAUAUUGUUCUACUGCAUCAGGUCUCGAUGUGAUCUGAUACGGUCCCUGAAACACUUUUUUCAGGUCCCCAUAUUUGCUCUAGAUCUAUUUUAGCAGGUAAUAUAACAUAGAGCUAAAGAAAUUAUGAAAAGUGACCCACACAAGGCCUUAAGAGCUGAGAAAAAACAUAGACGUUUAGUUAAACCUCAAUAGAAUGAAGACGGUAAAAUCAGU